UGUACCUGAAUCACGAAGCGAUGUUUGACGACUUUUUCCAGCCUUUAGCUUCUUUCCUGGCGUCUAUAUACGACAAAAACAUGUUUUUAUUAUCCACCAGAGGAUAACAAUGGACGCACAGCUGGAAUUUUAAAGGACAUGCACCGGUUUGGCAGUGUUUUACAGACAACAUAAAGUUAACAAUGCCUCGGCUGUUUGUACAGCGUUGAGUCAGCUGACGGUAACUGAGUUUAACCGGUGAACUUGUGAAAUACUGAUGGAGAACAGCGGCGAAGCCUCCUCUGACGGUCAGAGAGGAGCAAACCCGGAGCUGAGGAGACUUUUGUUUUUUAAAGUUUACAAGAGGAGGUGGUUUGUUCUGCUGGUGCUGUGUUUGCUGAACUGCUCCAACGCAACGAUAUGGCUGACCUUUGCACCAGUAGCAGACCAGUCUGCCCAGUACUUGCAGGUCACCCUGGACAAAAUCAACUGGUUGUCACUGGUCUACAUGGUGGUGGCGAUACCUCUCAGCUUUGGGACCACGUGGAUGCUGGACACCCUCGGGCUACGGAUCACGCUGAUCCUGGGCUCCUGGCUGAACAUGUGUGGAGGCCUCCUGCGCUUCCUGGCCACGACAGAAGUCGUGGAUUCUAAAGUCGUCUACAUAAUAGUGAUGUUGGGUCAGACCUUUGGCGCCCUGGCUCAGCCCCUCAUCAUUUUCACCCCCACCAAGCUGGCGGCCCUCUGGUUCCCGGACCAUCAGCGAGCCACAGCGAACAUGAUCGCCUCUAUGUCCAAUCCUCUGGGCGUCCUCCUCGCCAACAUCAUCUCUCCUAAGAUGGCUCAAACAUCGGAACAAAUCCCAACCCUGCUGCUUGCCUAUGCAGUCCCGUCAUGCAUCAUCUGUUUCCUAGCAACGGUGGGGAUACGGAGCACAGCCCCCCCGACGCCGCCGUCAGCCAGUGCCGAGUCCUCCAGCUCCGAGCCGUUCGUACAGGGGAUCAAACUGUUACUGAGGAACAAAGCCUACCUCAUCCUGCUGCUCUGCUUCGGCUCAGGCAUCGCUGUUUUCACCUGCUUCACCACGCUGCUGGAGCAGAUCCUGUGCGUGCAGGGAUACACCAACGACUUUGCUGGCUUGUGUGGCGCUCUCUUCAUCGUGUUCGGCAUCGUGGGCGCCGGCGCUCUGGGAGUCUACGUCGACAAGACCAAGAAGUUCAUCGAAUCCACGAAGAUCAGCCUGAGCCUCACAACUCUGAUGUGCAUCGCCUUCUCAGUGGUGUCUCUGAUGCGGCAGCAGCAAGCCGCCGUGGCUGCCGUCUGCUCUCUCUUUGGCCUUUUCGGUUUCUCCAUUUACCCGGUGGUCAUGGAGCUUUCUGUGGAGUGUUCGUAUCCAGUCGGAGAAGCCACAUCAGCGGGGCUCAUCUUCAUAUCUGGACAGGUUCAGAGUGUUCUCUACAUAAUCCUCCUCCAGGCUUUGACCAAACGGCUCGCUGCCUCUCCUCUGUCCACCUGUGGGGACGCAGUCCUGAGCUGGCGAGUUCCCACACUGGUGAUGGCAGGACUCUGCACUUUCUUCGCCUGCUGCUUCGUCAUCUUCUUCCACACGAGGUACAGACGACUGGAGGCUGAAGAAGAAGCGACUUACAGGACCAAACAAAUCAACGGUUCAACGACCAGCGACCACGCUUCAAGCGUGGAGACGUGAACUUGUUGACAGACCCGUGACACCACUGCCGUCACGAGUCUCUCUCUCUCUCUAAAGUCACCUUGACACUUUAUUCAUAUUAUAAAUACAGGCCUAUAAUUCCUGCACGGUUUUGGAGGGGGUCUCCCCCAGGGAGUAAUUCAAUGUAGAACUGCCACUGCGUGACAGGACACAGAAACAGAGGGAAUUAUGGGUGUGAUCACAGCUACAGUUUGUUUUCUUUGGUACAAAACAGUGGAAAAAUAUGUUUUGGUUUUGUAAGCUCAGAUUAAUGAGUGAUUUUUUUUUUUAAACAUUUAUUUUAUCACAGUGAUUCUUUUGUACCAUAUUAUACGAUACAAACUUUUUUGUACAUUGAGCUUCAAAUGCAGGUUUUAUUUUAAUACACUGCUACUAACGGGUAAUCAAAAAAAAAAAUUAGUACAUUGAUUGUUAAUCUGCAGAAAUGAACUAUAGUGAAAAUGGAAACUAUAGUUCUGUAACACACUGAAUGAUCGCACACUUCUACAGCCAAAAAAAAACUUUGCAAGGAUCAAAUUUGUGUAAAUAUUGUUUUCCAGAUACACAUAAAUAAUUAUGUGAAUGGUGGUAAAAACCUUUACAUUCCAUAAUAUUAUAGUGAUCACAGGAGUUAAAUGAUUAUUGUGCUCUCGGUUGUUCAUGGGCCAAGGUUAUUUUUAACAAAACUUACCUUUGAUUCAGUAGAAGCAGAGAAAAUGAAAACUAACAUCACACGAUACAACGUCCCCUUCAGCCUGAAUGACGGCGUGUUGCUGCACCUUCCCGUGAUUCACCCACAUUUAAAUCUGGAGUGAAGUCACUGGUGGAAAUUUAAACAUGAAACCAAACUACUGGUCUCACAAAUAAAGAGCUUUCCGUUUCCAUUUAGAGAAAGCUAAAGUCUUUACUGUCACAUCUCCUUUACUUUUACCUCCUUUAAAAACAGGUACUGUACAGUGUGGUUUGUGUCCACGUUACUUAAACGCACCACCUCUACCUCUGCUUCAGUGUUUUGUUAAAAUUCCCAGGACUAAAAAAAUCAAAUAUGACAAAAACAAGAACAUGAACUGUUGUAUGACUCAGAGCACAGCAGGGCUUUCAGCUGCAUUGCAUUCUGGUCUGUUUCCUGCCACUGUGCAAGGACUGUAGAAUAUUUUCCCAGGGUCUGACAACAAAACCUGAUGCUGAUACUGUUGGUGUUUUAGAAGCAUUUUCUUCUGUCACACUUCUCUGGAGCUGCUAGAAAUAACUUGAUGUGUUGUCACAUCGUCAUUUGCACAUCUGCAUUUUAUCCUUUUGUAUUAGAACCACUCUAAACGGUACUGUUCACUAACAUAUUCUAAAUAAAAGGCAUUAACUUUACCUGUUCAUCAGGUUUUCUGCAGGUUUCUGAAAUCCAAAUGCUUCCUGUUCGUUAAAAUCCAAAUGUGUAAAUGAGCAGAGAAAACAAAGCACAGUAAUUAUACUAUUGUACCACUAAUCCUGUUCUGUGUCAUUUUUAAGUGUCUGCCAUUGUGUUGUGGGAAAAGAGCACGAAUAACAGCUUUUAACUACUGGUUAAAAGCUUAAUUUUGUAAACAGACAGUUGUGUGUUUUGUGCAAUACAGGAAAUAAAGUCAGUACAGAUUGUGUACACUGGUAAAACAGGCAAAUGCACAUUUGUACGCUACUUUUUAACUGUGCACUGAAUGUUUUAUACUUAUUAAUGCAACCGAAUCAGCUGAUCCUUCUUUUGAAUUCAUGUUCAUAAUAUUUUAAUUAAAUGUGACUUUUUUUGUUUAUUCUUCCAGUA